AUAAUUUCUUCCUCUCAGCUCUCCUGUGGAAUCGGUACUCUUUUAUGCUAUAACCACUCUUCACAACCUGCUACUUCAUCAAGAAGGAUCUAAAAUGGCAGUUCGUUUGGCUGGUGGUCUGCAGAAAAUGGUCACAUUACUACAGCGUAAUAAUGUAAAAUUCUUAGCGAUUGUUACUGACUGUCUGCAGAUUUUGGCAUAUGGAAAUCAGGAAAGCAAACUCAUCAUAUUAGCUAGUGGAGGUCCAGCUGAACUUGUUCGUAUUAUGAGAUCAUAUAACUAUGAAAAACUUCUGUGGACUACAUCCAGAGUUCUGAAAGUACUGUCUGUCUGUUCCAGUAAUAAACCUGGCAUUGUUGAAGCUGGGGGAAUGCAAGCUUUAGCAAUGCAUUUAGGUCAUCAGAGUCAGCGUUUGGUUCUUAAUUGUUUGUGGACACUGCGAAAUUUAUCUGAUGCUGCAACUAAGCAGGAUAAUGUAGAUGGUCUUCUGCAAGGCCUUGUUCAGCUUUUAGGUAGCAGUGACAUAAAUGUGGUUACAUGCGCUGCUGGCAUUCUUUCAAACAUGACAUGCAACAACCAUCGUAACAAAGUUACAGUUUGCCAGGUUGGGGGAAUAGAAGCUUUGGUGCGUGCAAUAAUUCAAGCUGGUGAUAGAGAAGAAAUAACAGAGCCUGCUGUGUGUGCUUUAAGACAUUUGACAAGCCGUCAUCCUGAAGCAGAAAUGGCACAAAAUGCCGUUAGGUUACACUAUGGACUGCAAGUAAUUGUUAAGCUGCUGCAUCCUCCAAGUAGAUGGCCACUUAUAAAGGCUGUUAUAGGGCUAAUUAGAAAUUUAGCAUUAUGCACAGCUAAUCAUGCUCCAUUAAGAGAACAUGGGGCUAUACCAAGAUUGGUGCAGUUGCUUAUAAAAGCAUACCAGGACACCCAGAGACAACGCUCUAGUGUAGCUUCAAGCAACAGCCAGAUUGCUUAUGUUGAUGGUGUCAGGAUGGAAGAAAUUGUAGAAGGAACUGUUGGAGCCUUGCAUAUUCUUGCCCGUGAAGCUCACAAUAGAGCUAUAAUUAGAGGACUUAAUGUUAUUCCUGUAUUUGUUCAGCUCUUGUACAGUGAAAUUGAGAAUAUUCAGAGAGUUGCUGCCGGAGUGCUCUGCGAACUUGCAGCUGAUAAAGAAGGAGCUGAAAUGAUAGAAUCUGAAGGUGCAACACCACCUCUUACUGAACUUCUGCAUUCUAGAAAUGAAGGUGUUGCUACUUACGCUGCUGCUGUUCUUUUCCGAAUGUCUGAGGAUAAACCUCAAGAUUACAAGAAACGUCUCUCUGUGGAACUUACAAAUUCUCUAUUUAGAGAUGAUGCUGGCCCUUGGACUGGAAUGCCUGCCGACAUGGACAUAAACAUGUUGGGUCCUGAGGAAGCCUAUCAUGAUCAGAUAUAUCAGGGUAGUCAAGGUCCUCCCAGUGUACAUGCUGCAGGUGCAAGACACAACCCUUAUACACCGCAAGGUUUUGACCUUCAGGUCCCUAUUGAUUCAAUGCAAGGACUUGAUCUUGGAGGACAAGUUGGCCAUACUGGUUAUGGUCCCUUAGAUGCAGAUAUGGAUUUAGACAGUCCUCCUGAUAUCAAUUUUGACACUUUGGAGCCCAUGCUACCCUCCCCUCCGCAAGAUGGUGAUGCCUCACAGCAAAUGGCAGCUUGGUAUGACACAGAUCUGUGAAAUAUCAAAAACUGUUAAUUUUAGUUGUAUUGAGUAGUCAACUGCUUACUUUGCUUGACAUCUGCCAUCAGUGAAUUUUAAGGAACUUGUUCCAGCCGAUUUUAGUUCACGACUAAAAAGAAAGAUUACUUUGUAUCAAUCCUGAAAUUUUAGAUUUUGGUCUACCUAUUCUGUAUCUAAUUAUACCCUAUAUAUUAAUGUCUUAUUUUUCUAAAUUUAUUUAUUUCAUAUUGUUUAUAAAAUAAAGGCCUUUUAGAUUUUGUUAUUUGAAUUUAUUAUCUUGACAAAUUAUUUUUCCCUAAUUUUUAACAUAAUCAUAUGUCUAGUUAAUUUUAAAAUAAUUUCAAAUGCAUAAUGUUGUAUAAAUAAUUUUAAGAAUUGAGUUUUUGCAUUCGUUGAAUCAAUGAUGUAUUGCUGAUUUUAUAUUACAAAUACUGAACUGAAUUUACCCUAAACAUAAUUUAUAUAUAAUGUUCAUAUCACACAAUAUUCAACUUAAAUGUUUUAGAUCAUAUUUUCAUUUCUUAUUUUGUGGUGCUUUUUAUAGAAUGUAUGUUGUAUUACUAUACACCCCAGCACAUAUUUCAGUGAAUACAUGAAUAUGAGGGGUGGUUAUGUAUUGUAGUCAAGAUUUAUUGUCAUUUUUUAAUUAAAAUUCCAUAAAGAAAAAAAAGCAUUGAAAAGUAAUUCAGGCAUAUUUCAGUACGUUGAGUUUUGUGAAAGAUAUUUCUAGUUAUAAAAGUUUUUAAGAAACUUUCACCCUUUGUAUUCUUCAUUACUGAUAACCUGUGUGUGCCAAUGUGAUUACAAAUUGUGCACUUUCAUAAAAACUCAUUUUUUCAAAAACAAUGUGGUAGUUUAUUUAAUUUGAUGUUUAUUCUGAACUUUGAAUUUUAGUAUUUAAUGUGCAUUUAUUCUUUUUAUUUAAAUAUUUUAAUUAUUUA